AGGACUUCCUCCUCCUGAGUGAGUGAGUGACGGCGAAGAAGAACAAGAAGGAGAAGAAGGAGAAAAGGCAUCCGCUGUACCGCAGAAAGGCGACAAAUCCAUGCAGGAAAAACAGAGAGAGGAGAAAGGAGAAGAAGGAGAGUGCAGGAGUUUGUUUUUAUGCGUCUUUUUAUGUCCAGCGACGGGACGACGAGCACACACGUACACACUGUGUGUGUGUGUGUGUGAAAGUAAGUGGCAGCUUUUGCUUUCACCCUGUCAGCAAACUUCACUCCUCUUCACGCUGCUACUGACUCCUGCUGUUGUUUCCGAUCCGACUUUAACGUCAAUCCAUAUUCACAUCAGACAGCUGCUGUCAAUGUGAGAUUACGAAUGUCAUCUGAUGUCUGGGAUUUUAAUCUCACACACACACACACUCGGCUGACAGCUGUUCACACCUGUAACUGAUAAACAUCCAAACUCCAUCUGAAAGUUGCACUUGAGACGCAUACAAACACAUGUGAACGCACACAUGCGCAGGCCGCUUAUUUUCUCCUCUAAUCUGGAGUUUUGUAGCCUCUGCGGCUCACUCCUGCUUCUCUGUGCUCACGUUAUUUAUUCAUGUAUUCACAGCAAGGCAGAAAUCAUCAAGUUCUCAUGCCAAUGCAAACACCUGUUUCUUAAGUAGGCUGCACCUGUCUGCAACAUCCACAGGCCACUCACAGAUCAGGUGAGGCCUCGGUGGGGGCCCCAUCCGGAGGGUUGCGUGGUGGCAGCCAAUCAGACGCGGCAGUCAUGCUGUCCGGCGUGCAGCCGUGCUUCCAGCUGCUGCGGAUCGGCUCGUCUUCGGGCGACACGUCGCGGGACCUGUACACGUUCCGGCCGGCGCUGAGCCACUGCGUGUUCCGCCUGGGCCGAGCGGCGGAGCUGUGCGACGUCACGCUGGACUCCACGGCGGUGUCGCGCAUCCACGCCGAGCUGCAGGUGGAGAGGGAGGGCAGCGGAGGGGACGCGGCUCCGCACGAAGAAGGCUGGAGGGUUCACGUCAAGGACCGGAGCAGUCAUGGCACCUGGGUCAACGAGGUCCGCCUCCAGUCUGGCGUCCAGUGGGAACUCUCAGACGGUGACACGUUGACCUUCGGUGGUCAGUCCGCGUCGAGGAGUCCCGAGUUCUACUUCCUUUUCCAGAAGGUCAAAGUUCGCCCGCUGGACUUUGACGCCAUCACAAUUCCAAAGGCGGGGACCUUUUCCUCCGACUUGCAGAACCGCAUCAGGACCAACCCCGAUCCAAAGGUGGAACCCAACCUCGACUUGUCCAAGCUGUCCAUCAACCGCGCCACCGUCAUCCUCAACUCCAUCGGCAGCCUCAGUAAGAUGAAGGGCAGCGCCUGGACCUUCAAGAGGAGCUACAGCCACGAGGGAACCGUCUCGGAUUCGGGCUCCUCCUCGACGCCGCCUCUCGCCGUGGGCUUCUCCACUCUGCUCCCUCCCUCCACCCCUCCGUCGCUCUCCUCUGCAGCGUCGGUGCCUUCAAACAAGACCCUCCCGUCGACCUCCAGGAGCAGGAGGAAGUCGGCGCACACGGUGCUUCUGGAGGACGACAGCUCAGACGAGCCCAGGAGUCGAGGAGCCGUGGCAGGAGCCGUGGAGGACGGACAGCGGGUGAAAGGAAAGAAGAGACGACGUCUCUACAGGUCCGAGUCUGAGACGUUCAGCUCCCCUCCUCCUCUCCCUCCUCCUCCUUCUCUGCCGCUGCAGCCCAAGAGCCACGGCGACGUCAGGCGACCGCUGGAGGCCAAGCCGUUCCCCGUCGGCAUCAGAACCAUCGGCAGCUUCCACGGCGCCAUGACGAACAGUCGACUGAACCACCACCUGCUGCAGGCGUCGCUCAGCAACGCCGCCGCUCACAAACAGGAGGCGGAGACAGUGCACCGCAUCAAGACGGUGGUGCAGGGCAACAUCGCCGCGUUCCGCCAACAGAAGCCCGCCCACGGCAGGGGCAGGCGACGCGCUCACAGCUCUCCAGUGUUCUCCCCCCUGGUGGUGGGAGGGGAGAACUACAGCCUGGCCUCGCCGUCGGUGCGGAUCCGCACGGACGACAGAGUCCAGUUCAACGGAUUUCACCAUCAGACCAGUAAGCGUCGAGGCCGCCCCAGGAAACACCCCCUCCCCCCGCAGCCCUCCCUGCCCUCUCCAUCCUCCUCGUCUUCGUCGUCCUCCUCCUCGGCCUCGUCCUCCUCCUCCGGCUCCUCCUCGUCGUCCUCCUCCGACGAGGACGAGGAUGAAGACGAGGAGGAGGAGGGGUCGUCGGUCAGCGCGGUGGAGCCGUGCGCUGCGCCACGGUGCCGCCUGCCCCAGCAGGACACGGUGCAGUGGAUCCAGUGCGACGUGUGCGACGCCUGGUACCACAUAGACUGUCUGCACGUCGACCGCAAGAAGCUCCUCGUGGACCCCAACGCCGACUUCCACUGCGGCUGUCGCUGACGGGAGGGAAAUCAAAGCUCUGCUUUGAACUUAAAUUCAACACAUUUUCCACUUUUCCUUCAGACACCACACGGGAAUUAUCAGACUCUGUUGAAAAGAGGCCACAACUUCCUCCUCAGGCCUGUGCUGCUCCGGCAUUUCCUUCAGAUUUUCCUCGGACAAACCUCACACAGACUCCGUUCACAGUUUAACAGAGGUGGCAAAGCUGCGAGAAAUCGGCCCGGGUCAGGUUUCCUUAGGUCGUUAACUGCCUGUAGAGUACACUCCCGUCAUGGCUGACGUCAGCUGACCAAAGGGCAGGCGGUGGCGUUCAGGAAGAUGAAUGAAACGUUUCACAUCAGGCUGCCACAGUUUCCCACUGCACGAGGCGAUUAAACUUCCUUUGACGUCUCAGUUCAGCCUCUGUCACUGUUUAACCAAGCAGCUCAGUUUUUUGGGGGGUUUUUUUUCAGGGCAGAAUCCUGACUUUUCGACACGUCUGCCCCCCGAAGAAAGCAGCGCUGGGAUGACAUUUUCCCACCGCAGUAAUAAUAAGAUGCGGCGAAAUGUUUUUGCCACGGCUUCCCUGGGUGGCAGCAGCUGUCGAGGAGUGGGCGUGUGAUGUUUCAGGAUAAUUAAAAGGCGGUAAAUGUGUCAGCAGACAUCUGUUGUUGCUGCUGAGGAGGAGUGCUCUCGGGACUGUAAUCAAAUAUUUGAAGGGUCUCCUGCAGCAGCAGCAGCAGCAGCAGCGGCGUCGGGAUGUUUCCUGGAGAAGGGGGCAGAGCGUCACGUACAGUGGGACUGUGUUUUCAUAUCAUAUCGUGUGUCUCGAGUGCAGUGCGGCUGCAGCCGCGUAGGGAGGAAUCAUUACCUGGGAAAUGUCACGGCUCGUGAGGAAUCUUCUGCUGAUGUGUUGAGUCUUUAUGGUCGUCUCCUCACUACUGAACUUCUCGCCACUGUGGCUGCUUUUGUCCUGGUGAAACCAUCUGGACUAUAUAAGAUAUAAAAUGGAUUUUGGAUUGUUGUUCUGUUUGGAAUGGAAUUGGUAGUUUGCCACCAGGGGGCGACACCUAACAUUUUCCUGAGGAGGUAAUGUCUCAGUCUCAUCUCAAAGUUUCAGAUGUUCUUCAAUAGAACAUGAUAUUCCCAGUUAGAGGAAAAUAGACGAUAAAGCACGGCACAUGGAGUGGAAUCAAUAGUGUGAUUGACAGCUGGUAUUGUCCAAUAGAAUCCUGGCUACAUGUAUGUGACCACGCCCCCUUUUUAUACACAGUUACACACUGAACACUAGACACCAAUUGGGUUGAAAAAGGGUGGUAAAUUUCCAGAAAUUGAAUAUGGGAUUGGGAACUUUAGUUAGGGAAUUGGGGAAAUAUUCCAAAUUGUAGAAACAAGAUGGCAGCUUAUUCUAUUCAAUACCCAUUACCCAAGUCAUUAUACAAACACUCACACAAACAUAAUGAUUGCUCGUAUGUUCCCAUUCUGCCUCUAAACCUUCCUAAAUGACACACUGGACCUUUUUAAUAGAUAGAAUCAAAUCAAAGUGUAUGAUGUAAGUAGGAUAUGUUUGUUGUUAUUUAUCAAUAAUUCCAUAAUAACCUUCCCUCAUAACAUAAAGCAAGUGAUCUCUAGGUUCUGUAUAGAGUAUGGUGAGAGAGAGAGAUUGCACCCCCUACUGGCUGUUCUACAAAACAGCAGUGACCUGUGGGACGGGAUAUCUGUUUGAACUUAGUGGCAAGAGUUCAAGUUUGAACAUUUUGAAAUGAGCUCGGCAGCCUAGAUGCACACCAGGCUGCCUGAACUAAUACCCCUGUGGUCCAGCAGAGGGUGCUGUGAGCGCUACUUGAAAAAUAAGACCACUGUAAUGUUCUGUUGUUGUUUUGCAGUCAAAACGGAGGACACGGGCGUAACCGUUAUCUCCUGAGCAGACAAUCGAGACACCAAAGCGUCUGAAAAAGCAGCGUGUGAAAAUAUGUCAGCUUCACGUAACUAUUAAGAAUAAUAAUAAUAGUAAUAAUAAUGAUGAUGAUGAAAUGUCUCCAGGUUUUGUGUGAGUGUAUCUUUAUAGGAAUAGCGUGUUGUGUAAUAGAAGUGACCGCCGUAGCAACAACUGUUUACGCUGCAAAGCAACUUAGGAAAA